AUGAGGACCUCGGCCGCUGGUUUCCUCCUUGGGAGCCUGGUGUUGGCCUUUGGUCUGCCUUUGGUGGUGACUUCACCGAAAACACUGGCCAUCCCAAAGAAACUGCAGCAAGCCGUGGGGAGGGUUAUUGUCAACGCCACCACCUGCACGGUCACCUGUGGCCUUGGCUAUAAGGAAGAGACGGUCUGCGAGGUGGGCCCUGAUGGCGUGAGAAGGAAGUGUGUGUCUCAGCGCUUGGAGUGUCUGAUGAACUGGGUCUGCGGGAUGCUCCACUUCACCGUCCACAGAGGGAAGGCGUUCGAGCUGAGCUGCCUGAGUUCAGACAUCCUGCAGGUGGGGAAGGAGGCUUUCCGGUUCACCUGGAGGCUGGCUCGUGGCAUCAUCUCAACUGAUGAUGAAAUCUUCAAACCCUUCCGGGCCAAUUCGCACUUGGUGAAGUUUGAGUCUAUUCAGGAGUACGACUCUGGGACAUACCGGUGCGAUGUGCAGCUAUUGAGGAACUUGAAAUUUGUCAAGAGGCUCUAUUUCGGGCUGCGGGUCCUUCCCCCUCACUUGGUGAACCUGAAUUUCCAUCAGUUCCUUACUGAGAAUCAGAAGUUAGUCGAUCAGGGUCUGGAAGUGAAUCUGGACAACAGUUCUAAGCCUCAGCACCCACCGUGGGAAAAGAAGGUGGCCAUAGCCUUGGGAGUAGGAAUCGCCAGUGGAGUGGUUGGUGGCGUGUUGCUGGUCGUUGCCCUGGGCAGUGGGCUGAGGCUGAUGGAUGGCAGUGACGGCCUCGAGUCCUUCAAAGCCUUCCUCUGGAAAGGCUGGCUGUCCAGGAACCCGGACCAGUUUAGGAAGCCAGGCUAG